GUUUUACCCUUUUUGCCAGCUGUACACGUCACAGCAUCCUCUCUCUGGUGCGGUUGGAAAUGCACCAUUGCUGCAUCAUUCCGCUUUCUCUUUAAUAAUUAUAGGGUGCCCCCGAGACCAUAAUAGGUUAUAUUUCAGUCAUGGUCGACGAUGUUCCACCGAUUAUAAACAUUUCUAUCGCUCUAAAAAUUCAACCCAAUGAUGGACCGGUGUUUUUCAAGGUGGAUGGGACCCGAUUCGGCCAGAGCAGGACAAUAAAAUUGCUUACAGGGUCGAAGUAUAAGGUUGAGGUGGUUAUGAAGCCGGGCAAUGCUGAUGCCGCCACCAUGAACAUCGGAGGUAUCACCCUCCCUCUGGAGCAGCAGUCCAAAGACGAAGAGUCAGUGGUGUACCAUGGACAUUAUGACACAGAGGGAGUGCCUCACACCAAGAGUGGGGACAGGCAACCUGUCCAAGUCAGCAUAGAGUUUGGAAAGGCGGGCCAAUUCGAGACAAUAUGGCAAGUAAAGUACUAUAACUACUACAAGCGAGACCAAUGCCAGUUUGGGAACAAAUUCGUCAAUAUCGAGUACGAAUGCAAGCCCAAUGAGACGCGCAGCCUGAUGUGGAUCAACAAAGAAGUGUUCAAUUGAGGAGCACCAAUCAACUCCUCCUUCAAACAAGCAGAGGAGAUGAGUUGCACACAAUAACCCUUUUUUACCAUCAAGUUCAGAGGAAAAAGCCUUACUGUAGGCAUGCGUUUCAAGUCACUGAGCACCAUAAUUGUCUGUUUUAGAGAAAGGGGGGAAGUUAUCUACCAGUCUGAUCUCGGGGUGGUUGUUCUUUGAUUGGUUUUAAUCAAGACACAUGGUCAGGUUGUUAUCAGCAAUCUCAUUGGGAAUCACAGCUAUACAACAUCUGCUGUGUUACUCUGAGCUCUGGUCACACGAGCUGAAGCUGUGGCCCUCCUGGACCAGGUUUGAAGACAGUUGCGGGUGAAAUGUAUCUAGCCUUUGAACAGCUGUCUACUUCUGAACAGCACAAUUGUGAUUAGCCUAUAAAGGUGUGAGACAGUUUUUUUGUUAAAACUUCUAUAUUAUUUUAUGGAGAUAUUCUAUAAUCUAUUAAGUGCUUCUAUUUCUGUAAUGUUGUGGAUCACUAUCAUUGUUUUGUCUCAGUUUUGUCUGUAAAUGCAUGGAUGAAUAAUCCUAUGCCUAAAGGUUUUGUUCUUCAGAUGCAAAAUUAUAUGAGAUUGCCUAAAAUGUUCAGUUCUGUUAUAUAUGUAAUUGAAAAGUGUGGAAGUAAAUAUACCCAUACCAGUUA